ACGGGAAUGACAAUGUGGUUUCUAAAUUCCCAUUGUUAGAAAUCAAAACACAAAUGGUUUAAAUGUUCACUCUAAUACAAUAUCUCGUUUGUGACACCACAUGUAUAUGGUUUGCAUGAACAGAGCCGUCGGUUCUGUAGAGAAAGGAAGCCAUGGAGAAAAAGAAAGAUACGUUUCGUUCUGGGCCCACCGGAAAUGGUGACGCCACAUGUAUUCAUGUAUACACAUUGAAAAUUUCAAAAUGAAACACUAACCGUUUGCGAAUCGUGAGCAAGUCAACAAAGAAGCGUGUGUGAAUUAUUAUUUUGUAUUAAUUGUUAAAAAUUUUGUAUAAUUUUAUAAGUGUUUUUGUAAUUUUAUAAAUGUAAAAGAUGGAUAAUACAUUAGAUUCCAUUAGACCAUCUUGUAAUCUAAAUGCACAAGAUGAAUUAUCAUAUUUAUUUGGAAGAGACCCAAGUAUCUUGGCCUAUGGACAAAGACCAUGUAUUUCAGAAGACACAAAAAAGAAUUUAAUGUCUGUUUAUGAGAUUGAAGAAUCUAAUUCUUUAGAAGAGACAAACUCAGAUUCAAUGAGGUUUCAGACUAUUAAAGUCUACUUACGAAUGAAACCGUUCCCCAAAAAGAUCAAACUAACACAGAAGCAAGAGGAGGCAUAUAAAAUUCUGAAUUCCACUACGCUGCUGACAAAACUCCCUACUGUGGAUAAUACUAGUAAUUCUUUGAAAAGAUCUAAUAGUAGUGAUAUUGUACAUAGAAAAUUUACAUUUACUCAAACAUUUGGGCCAGAGAUUACUCAAUUGGAACUGUUUGAUCAAGCUGUAAAACAGCAUAUGGUAGAAUUUUUAGCUGGUCAGAAUUCAACUAUCAUGACUUAUGGUACAACAAGUUCAGGGAAAUCAUUUACUCUUCAAGGGAGUAUUACGUCUCCUGGUAUUAUACCCAGAUGCUUAGAAUUUGUUUUCUCUAAUAUUACUUCAAAACCGUCUCCUUCUUACAAGUCAGUGAAUCAUUGUGACGUUGUUAGUUUGGGUCCUCUCGAACGUGCUCAAGAAUUAGAAAUGAAAACGAAAUUGCUAACGUUUGCUUCGAUGGAUAAACAACACUAUAUUAAUGCUUACACAGAAAUGCAAAAUUUAUUACAAGAGGAGUCACCAAUCAAACCAAGUCAAUGCAUUGACGCACAUUACUCAGUUUGGGUGUCUUUUGCAGAAAUUUAUAAUGAAAUUGUCUACGAUCUUUUGUCGAAUGAGACUCAGAAAAGGAGAACUCCGUUGAAAUUAGUUACUGAUACACAAGGUACAGCUUUUAUCAAAGGACUGAAAACUGUAUGUGUCAAUUCUGGUUCUGAGGCUUACCAGGUUUUAAUGGCUGGUCAGUAUAAUUUAAAAGUAGCUGCAACAGCUCUAAAUGCAAGAAGUUCUAGAUCACAUUGCAUAUUUACUAUCAAAUUAUUGAAGUAUUAUGUUGAGAAUGAACCAAAUGCUGUUGAAGUUAGCACAUUUGCUUUCUGCGAUUUGGCUGGUUCGGAACGCUUGAAAAAAACAUUGAAUAUUGGGGAUAGAUUGAAAGAAGCACAAAAUAUCAAUACAAGUCUGUUGGUAUUAGGAAAAUGUUUAAAAACAAUUCAUGACGGGCAGCUAUUUAAACAAAAACCAGAACAUGUUGGUCCAUUCAGGGAGUCAAAACUAACAAGACUGUUUCAAAAAGCACUUUCUGGUAGAGAACGUAUGGCAUUGAUAGUGAAUAUCAAUCCUUUACCAAAUUUGUAUACAGAAACACGAAAUGUUUUGAAUUUUGCUGCUAUUGCAAAGAAAAUAGUUUUAGAACAGAAACAAAAAGUACAUAAGAAAAAGUCGAGAUUUUCACAAAUAGUUAGAGAAAGUAUAAAAACAGCAAUUGAUUGGGAUACUACAGAAUUAGAAAGUGAAGAGUUGCAUAAUGGUGGAGAUAAUCAUGCUAUACCUGAUUAUGUUCACGUUGAAGAUUACGAUGAGUUACUUUGUGAAAAUAAAAAUCUAAAAGACAAAAUAAAAUUAUUGAAAAGUUCUGCAUUAAGUCGCGAUCUAGAGAUUCGUCAAGAAAUGGCGGAUACUUAUACGGCUAUGAUGAAAAACCUUGAAACUGAAUGGAAGAGUCAUAUAAACGAUGUAGAGGAACGACAUGAAGAUAUUCUUCAAUGGUCUGUGAAACAAAUUGAAGAUUUCUAUAAACAAAGAUUGGAUGAACUUAACUGUGACAAGAGAAAACGUUCGUCUAUUCUAGACGACAAUGCUGAUGACAGAAAAAACAUUGAAGAGUUGGAGAUUCAAAACUCACAAUUAACAUCAAAGCUUGUGCUACUUAAAAGUAACGUGAAGCAAGUUAAAGAAUCGAAUCAAACUUUGGCAAUCGAAAAGAAUAAGUUAUCUUUCGAACUAGACUUAAUAAAAAAAGAUUUGAACAAUAUGAAAGAUUUGUUGAGUGCAGCUCAGAAAGAUGUUUGUACUGGUGAAGAGGCAACAUGUUACAUAGAAGAAUUAAAGUCUCAACUGUUUGCUAAAGAGGAUCAAGUGAAGAAAUUAAAACUAUUUUUAAAUGAAGCAAAGGAAGAGUAUAUUACUAUUACUACGGAAAUAAGGGAGAAAGAAUAUACUAUUAAGGAGCAGGAAGUAGAAUUAUUAGAAAAGCAGGAGACAAUAGAUGACUUAGAAGCUGAUCUUGUAAAUAUUAAUAUUUGCCUCACAAAGGAGUGUAAAGAAAAAGAGGCAUUAGAUGAAGAAUUAGAAAAUCAAAAUAAGAAAUUGCUGGAUUACGAGCGCAAAAUGCAAAAUAUGCUCCAGAUAAUAAAUAAAUUGGGAUGUGAGAAAUUAGAACUAUUAAAUGAAGCGCAAAUGUUGAAAAAAGCAGUUUUGAUUAAAGAUUCCACUCAAGACUCAACAUGUAAAAAUGAUGUUUCAGAAACAUCUCAUGAUUCUCCAAAAGAUGACGAACAUCAAGAGGUUAUUAUCAAAAAAGAAAUUUCUAUCGAUUACAAGGUAGAAUCGUUAGAUAAGUCUACUGAGCCUGGUAACUAUGACCAAAAAACAGGAAAUGAAGAGGUUGAUCUCCAAAUGAGAGAAAAGACACUUGCUGUAGAAAUAGAGAAUUCUACUCUAAAAGAGAAAUUAACUCAAAGUAAGACCGAGAUACAGAGCCUGAGAGAUGAACUAGACUUAGCUAAAGUGAAAUUGAAAGUUAUAUCUGAUCAAAUAAGCAAUUUGCAAAUGAAUAGCAGAAAUACUAAAUUUGGAAUUGAAGGUUCUGUUGAAUGCAAAAGUCAAGUGAAUGAAAAUGAAAUUCAAAGUGAUUGCAGUCAACCUAUUAGAAAAGAAGAAGAUACUCAAACAAGUUUUAGUGGCGAAUUUGAUGAAUAUGAACUUAUUUUAAACGAAUUAUCCAAACUAAUGGUAAAAUACGAUGAUACGAAAUCACUUCUUAUGGAAAAGUGUCAAGUGUUGGUUGAGUCUAAGCAAGAAGUAUCAUCUUUGACGCAAAAACUAGAAAGUCUGACAAAAGAAAAUAUAGCAAAUAAGCUUGUUUUAGAAGAAUAUAAAAACUCGAUUGAAUUGUUAAAGAAGCAGCUGUCUCGAGAUGUGGAUGAUGAAUCGCAUCUUCAAAAAUUAUUAGAAGAUAUCGAUCAGUCUAAGGCUACACUAGAUAUAAAGAUUGGUGAUUAUGAGCAACUUAUUAAUGAAGUUGAAAAAGAACUUUUACAUACUAAGAGUGAUCAUAAUCAGUGUAUGAAAAAAUUAAAUACUUUACAUGCUGAUUUCGACAAUCUCAUUUCAAAGUGCAAAGAUGAACACGUAGAAAGUAUAAGUCGAUUGGAGAUUGAUCUGCAUACAGCAAUAGUGAAAAGUGAUAUGGAGACAAAGUGCCUGGAUGUACAUGCUGCAAAAAUCACAGAACUGGAACACAAACUUGAUACCAUAACGGAACUUCAACAAGAAAUUGAAGAAUUAAAUAAGAAGGUAGAAAUAUGUCAAGAUGAGAAAGAACAUUUGCAGAAGUUGUUAGAUGAAAGUAAUGAUAAACUCUUAGAAUUUGAGAACCGUUUGGAAAGUGCGAAGAAUAUAGAACAGGAGAAAGAUGCUGAAAUAGUAUCGCUUCAACAAGAAGUAAAAUUUCUAAUUCAAAAAACGGAUGUUGCUGACAGCGACGGCAAGCUCAUGGAAGCAGAAAUAAAGAAUACAAUAAAAGAAUUGGCAGAAACAAAGGAUAAACUUUCUCAAAAUAAAGAACAUAUUGAAAACUUAGAGUCACGCAUUAAAGCAUAUGAACAGAAUGCUAAGAUUUUGGAAAUUCUUCAACAAAGUGCUCAAGAAAGGCAAACAGAAAAUGACAGGUUACGGAACAUGAAUCAAGAACUAAAAAAUAGUUUGAAUGAGAAGGAACGGGAGAUGGAAGCAUUUAUGAAAAACAGAGAUGAGAUGGUCACCAAAUAUGAGGCACUAGUAAGGAAUCAACAAGAGGAAUUAGAGAAACAAAAACAUGCAACUGUGCAUCAUUCUAAAGAAAAAGCCUAUUGUGAUGACGCUUCAGAGGAUGAAGUGAUAACAAAAGAACGUAGAACAAGGCGGCCACCGAGAAAAUAUUCUCCUACAUCAGAUGGAUCCGUCAUCGAGCUACCUAGUUCAGAGACCAAACGGACUGGCAAGAGUACUGUGUUUCCACCUCCUACGGGAUCUCUUUCGGAAAGAAGAAAAAAUACGCGUAGAAAGAAGUUAUACGUGGCAGAAGAUGAAUCUUUUCAUGAUAUUGAGCCAGUCGAGUGUACAGUAAUAGAUACACCUACGGAACUGAAAACGCGCAGUUUAAGAUCUAGACGAAAAAAAAGUAACUAAAAUAUAUCGAAUAAGAAUGAGUUAUCAUAAUCGAUCACUAUGAAAAAUGAUGGAAGGGAUUAAUUAUAGCGUCGGUGAUUUUAUGUAAAAAAUACGUUAUGAUGCAAGAUAUGCAAUCUGUGAUAUUUAUUUUUUAUUAUCUGUAAUUUAAUUCAUACUGUAAGAUGAAUAAUUAAAACCAGUAUUUUUAUAUCA